CUUUAACUUCGUCUUCGGGAGUUUCGACAACAAAUUUUCCGUUUUAUCCGACUGUGAAAGACAGAAUAGUGUCGGCAUCUUCAUCCAUGACCAUCAGCACCAGUACUCCUCCGACAGCGAAGUUCGAGUUUCCAAUUCCCUUGAGCGACAUUCUACAACAAGGGCAAGAAGUCCCUAAAAGCGUCCAGCUACGGCAAAGCCAAUGGAGCAUUUGUCGUAGGCAGAAUUACAUGCAACAACAUGCUGAUGGCAGUGGGCAGCUGGUCGACUAUUCUGGUUUUGUGUCGCAUGCGCAGACCUUGACCAGCAGCUACAAACGGAGUUGGCGAAUGCAUUCUCAAUUUGUAGUGGAGAAUGGAAGAUACUUCCGUAAGACAAGGGAAGACAUAAUCUCAAGAAAGGACGUUGGUUGUGAGGCAUCUACCUCAAGCGAAGGACACGAUAAGCUUUGGUUAGAUCCUCGAUCUGAAGAAGCAGAAGCUUUUCGGAAAGACAAGCUGGAGAUACAGCCUGAACAAGACAGUUCAUCCUCAUCAUCGGGUAUCCGUUUUUUCACGC